GGGUCUGCAGCUGUUGGGCUUCAUCCUGGCCUUCCUGGGUUGGAUCGGCUCCAUCGUCAGCACCGCCCUGCCUCAAUGGAAGAUUUACUCCUAUGCCGGCGACAGCAUCGUGACCGCCCAAGCCAUCUACGAGGGGCUUUGGAUGUCUUGUGUGUCGCAGAGCACCGGGCAGAUCCAGUGCAAAGUCUUCGACUCUUUGCUGAAUCUCAACAGUACUUUGCAAGCAACCCGUGCCUUGAUGGUGAUUGGCAUCCUGCUGGGACUGAUAGCAAUCUUUGUGGCCACUGUUGGAAUGAAGUUUAUGAAGUGCAUGGAAGAUGAUGAGGAGCAAAAGAUGCGGAUGGCUGUCAUUGGGGGUGUGAUAUUUCUUAUUUCAGGUCUGGCUACUUUAGUUGCCACAGCAUGGUAUGGCAACAGAAUUGUUCAAGAAUUCUAUGACCCUUUGACCCCUGUCAAUUCAAGGUAUGAAUUCGGUCAGGCUCUUUUCACUGGCUGGGCUGCUGCUUCUCUCUGCCUUCUGGGAGGUGCCCUACUUUGCUGUUCUUGUCCUCGGAAAACCACCUCUUACCCAACACC